GUUAUCAAUACAAAAUGUCGCUGAAAGAAAAGUACGCUUUAGUUACUGGUGGUGCACGAGGAAUCGGCUUCGCCUGCGUAAGGGAGCUUCUCCUCAACGGGAUUGAGGGUGUAAGCUUGGUGGAUAUUAACGUGAAAAAGGGAAAAGAGUCAACGGCACUGCUCCAAAGUGAAUUCGGGCCGCUCAAGGUACUUUUCCUCGAAGCCGACGUUUCGAAGAAGGCCGAAGUGAGAGAUGCUUUCAGAGAAUCGGUCGAGCAUUGGGGGCACCUCGACCUGGUGAUCAACGAUGCGGGAAUGGUGUCUGAACAGAAUUGGGAGCCGGCACUCUUGACCAACUGCGGAGGUGCGCUUCAAGGGACGCUGACUGGAUUUCAGUAUAUGAGCACCAAGCAAAACGGCAGAGGGGGGACCAUUGUGAACGUGGCCUCGAUUCGUGGGAUAUCACCAAACAUGGCCAUGCCGGUGUACUCGUCCACCAAAGCCUUUACCAUCAUGUUGGGUCGUAGUCUGGGAGCUCCAAUGUACUACGAUCACAAUGGCGUCAAGGUCAUUACGGUAUGUCCUGGCAAGACGACCACCGAGCUGAUGCUCUCUUCAGCAAGUCUGGUGGCCAGUUCAGGUUUGCACCCGAACACCCAAGCGGUUCAUGUGGAGACUUUAAAUGGGAUGAAAUCUCAGUCGCCGCAAGAGUUCGCCAAACUGCUGAUGACGGUUUUGGAUCAGGCGGCCAGCGGUACGGUGUGGGCUAUCGCCGGCAACAAGGUUAACCAAAUUGAUUUUUCAAGCAUGGAUCAGCAGUGUAUGCUUUAUUCGUAGUUGACGUGAAGCUGACGUGAAGUUCUUCUAAAGAAAGAAUUACCAAAAUAAACCAUAGUGCUUUUCUC